AUGCUCUACGAACCAGCGGACCAUUUACAGCUAUACUCUCUGCUCAAUGGCUAUCAAUACACAGAGAGUUUUUCAGUUACAGAUGACGUUCAAGACCAGUUCAACAAGAACGGUUUCAUCAUCUUGAGACAGCUCCUGGAUACGGAAGAGAUAACAAAGCUACGGGUUGCACUGGAGCAAGACCAGGGGCUUCGUGACCACUGCAAUGCCGCAGACGACGGAGAGGGGAGAGCCGCCAAAUCGACACUAUGGAAUUAUGUAGCAGACGACAUUACUGGGAUCAUAGCAAGGAGUGAGAAAGUAGCGGGGACCAUGGAAAAGCUGUUGGGCGGCGAAGUGUAUCACUACCAUUCCAAAGUUAUAAUGAAGGAACCGUUUACUGGCGGUGCCCAUAUAUGGCAUCAGGAUUAUGGUUAUUGGUAUUUGAAUGGCUGCCUGUUUCCUGACAUGGGUACUGUAUGGGUCGCAGUGGACAGGGCAGACAAGACCAACGGAUGCUUAAAGAUUCUUCCUGGCUCUCACUUGGCAGGCAGGGUUGACCAUGUGAAAAAAGGUAUGCAGGCCGGGGCUGAUGUAGCACGUGUCGAGCAACUCAUGCAGGUAUGCCCUAUGACAUAUGUCCAGCUUGACCCGGGGGACGCACUGUUCUUCCACUGUAAUUUACUUCACCGCAGUGAGCAGAAUAACAGUCCCAACAGACGCUGGGCGUUCUUGAUGUGUUACAACAGGCGGACAAACGAUCCUGUGUAUAGACAUCAUCAUCCGAACUACACGCCAUUGUUUAAGGUGCCAAAUUCAAGAAUCAAGCAAUGUUCAACAAUAACCACCAUGGAAGGGAAAGGGUUCCACGCUGGUCCCAAAGCCACUAUGCAUAUGGCCAAGCUAGAGGAACAGGGGAAGGAACAGUAAAACAUUUAGAUGACACUGUGACAAUUUACGUCAAAAGCAAAAAUGACAGGCAGGAGCGUAAUUAAAAAUAGUUGGUGUCUGUUUCUUCAAAUACCGCUGACUCUUUGAAAAUUAAACAAGAAAUAUACUAGUUUUUGUUUUAUUUUUGUCAAUCUGUGUCUACGAGUGUGUUUAGUGUUGCACAAUAUAAACGAAAUUUAAGGGAUAACAAGCCUUCACUUAGGUUGGAAAAUUGUCAUAAAACCUAUUUCCCUGGGGUUAACGACGAUUUUCAAGUACUUUCCAACAUUCAAUGUUAGCCGAUUGUUAUUACGGAGGGUAGCCUACAU